AUGACGCCCAGUCCCCCUGAUGAAGCUCUUCACUUCCGCGGAAAGACACUGACUCCGGAAAGCCCGCGCCCGCUGCAUAUCCCGGAGCCAGCAAACAUCCCCGUCCUGGAGAAUCAAAUGGACCCCGUCUUCAACGACACCUCCACCUACGAACGCCCCGACUUUCCCCAACAUCAUGAUGGCAGGCCAGCCCCGAGUGCACAAGAUGGAGUAGGAGGAUCAGGAAGUUUGCAUGGGGCGCAGCCAGAAGCUGCGAUGGAUUUGGCUGUCUCCGCGAACUAUCAUCACUCCACCCCCGGAUCAUCGGGGCCAACAAUGAACGCGAACCCGAAUCUCCCUCACACGGUUCCGAAUGCUCCGGUUGCUCCGAUAGUCCAGAGCUACGCCGGAGAGUUAGAACAUGCCAGCACGGGGAACCUCCAGGACCCCCCGAACCCCCCCGAACCUCCAGAAUCCCCAGAAUCCCCAGAUGCCAAAUCGCCUAGAUGA